CAGGCGAGCGUGGUGAAGGCCGGCACCAAUGAUGCCGACGCCGAGGACGCCGCCGCCGACAACAACGCCGCCGCCGACAACGCCGCUGCCAACAACGCGGCUGCCGCUGCCAACAACGCCGCCGCCGCUGCCAACAACGCCGCCGCCGCUGCCAACAACGCCGCCGCCGCUGCCAACAACGCCGCCGCUGCCAACAACGCCACCGCUGCCAACAAUGCCACCGCCGCCAAUAACGCCGCCACCGACGACAACGACAACGACAACGACAACGACAACGACAACGACAACGACAACGACAACGACAACGACAACGACAACGACAACGACAACGACAACGAGGACGACAACGACAACGACAACGACGACGACGGCGCCAUGACGACAUGACGACGACGACGAGGACUCGCGCUUAGGUACCUUGUACCUACUACCGGAAUUCAAAAAAAUAAAAGAAUGUGCCGACGCGAUAGUACCUACCUAGGUGAGAGUCGAACCCUGGACCAAAAAGUGCAAAAACAAUCCUCGCGGGAGCGACCCGCCAGGAUCGGGAAAGUCGCUCAGAGUAAACUAAAUCAAGGGUGGCGAGUCCUGACUCUUCAUUGGUCGUUUCAUUAUCAUGACAAAGCAGCAUUUGGACUUUUAUAUAUAUGUCAACAAUUCCGUGGCGGGAAAGACCACGCAUACCGCCGCCAGAAUCGCGGUGAUACUGACGGCGACAACUGCAGUAUCUGUGAGACAAAAGGCACGAUAACUGCAUUGGUAAAAAGGCCACUUUCUGUUAUCAUGCUACCUAUUCAGUUGAUUCGAGUCUGCAUCUCCUGCUGGAACAGCGGACUCGACAGGUAAACAGCGCAGGCGAUACAGCCAGCGCACAACCGCACACCCGCAGCACCGCUACCUGACGGCGACGUCCAACUUUGCACCCGUACCGGAGCGACAGGCUCCACUUCUACUCAGGCGGCGGCAGCACACAUCCUCAUCACCAUCACCAGUGACGAGCGUGCGCAAUAGAGACUCCUCCCGAAAGCAGCUCAGCGGCAAUUCAAAGGAGCAUGCGGGAUCAAAGGACAUGCGCGCGAGGAUGCCUCUUCCAUGACCAAAGGCAGGCAGCCUGUGUCCGCGGCGUGCGUGUACAUCAGGGGGCUACUCGGCGCUGCUGGCAACUUGGCAAUACCAACGCUGGCACGACUGCCACCACAGGAGUUUCGCCGAGCCGAGCGACACAGUGUGUUCAUCGCCAGCGACGGCGACCACCGGAAGCAGACGGCGCAGUGCCAAAGCGUGCAUUCGGAUCAAAGACACCAGCAGACCAGCUCUGCGCCGCUCGCAGCUCGCCUGUACUAGAGCCCACCACCACCAUCAUAUGAGACGAAGGAC